CGGGCAUCGCAACCAACCCGCAGCCGCCGGAGGGGCAGAGCCUAAGCUCCGCCGCCGCUGCAUUGGCCGGGCGCACGUGUGUGUGCGCCAGGCUCCCGGCUGGUCCCAGCGCUGCAGUGGCUCGGAGUGGAGGGAGGCCCAGGCGGGAGGGAUGCAGGAUGGCAGAGACACCCGGCGUCCCCUACCGAACCACGGGCUCCACCUUGCUGCACCCGCUCAGCCAGCUCCUGGGCAUCCCGCUGGACCAGGUCAAUUUUGUAGCCUGUCAGCUGUUUGCCUUGUUGGCUGCUUUUUGGUUUCGCAUUUAUUUGAGCCCCAGCAAUGUCAGUUCCGUUGUUCGUCAUGCAUUUGCCACUCUCUUUGGAAUAUACUUUGCUGUUUUCUGUUUUGGAUGGUACUCAAUCCAUAUUUUUGUGCUGGUGAUGAUGAGCUAUGGCAUCAUGAACAUUGCAAGUAUUCCCAACAUCCACAGGUACUCCUUUGUGGUAGCCAUGGGAUAUCUCACAUUGUGUCACAUUAGCCGAAUAUACAUAUUUAAUUAUGGUAUUCUCACUACAGAUUUCUCUGGAGGAUUAUGCUGCCCACUGAUGAUUAUUACACAGAAGAUCACAACUCUUGCAUUCCAAGUGCACGAUGGAAUAGGCCGACAAGCUGAGGACCUCACUGCUGAGCAAAAUCGGCUUGCUGUAAAAAUAAGACCUUCCUUACUGGAAUAUUUGAGCUAUCUCCUCAAUUUUAUGAGUGUCAUAGCUGGACCUUGCAGCAAUUACAAGGACUAUAUAGCCUUCAUUGAAGGGAGGCAUGUGCAUAUGAAACUUUUAGAAGUGAACUGGAAGCAAAAGGGUUAUGACAGACUUCCUGAUCCUUCUCCAACUGGGGCUGUGAUAUACAAACUGUGUAUCACAUUUGUAUCUCUCCUUUUGUUCUUGACACUUACCAAGACUUAUCCUGUUACAUACAUUGUUGAUAGCCAGUUUAUCAAUAACACAUCCUUCUUGUCAAGACUUGGCUACCUGUAUAUCGUUAUGCAAGCAUCGAAGCCAAAAUAUUACUUUGCAUGGACAUUAGCUGACGCAGUCAACAAUGCAGCUGGCUAUGGAUUCAGUGGUGUUGAUGAUCAAGGCAAUUUCCAUUGGGACCAUCUAUCCAACUUAAAUAUAUGGAACAUUGAGACUGCAACAAGUUUCAAAAUGUACAUUGAAAACUGGAACAUUCAGACAGCUGCCUGGCUAAAGCGUGUUUGCUAUGACAGGGCUCCAUGGUACCCCACAGCCUUAACAUUUAUCCUGUCAGCACUAUGGCAUGGUGUCUAUCCUGGAUAUUACUUUACAUUCGUUACCGGAAUCCUUAUGACAUUAGCAUCCAGAGCAGUGAGGAACAAUUACAGACAUUACUUCCUCUCUUCAAAGCCACUCAAGGUGAUCUAUGACAUUGUCACGUGGUUUGUCACUCAACUGGCUGUCUGCUAUACUGUUGCACCUUUUGUUAUGCUGGCUGUUGAGCCCACGAUUAAGUUAUACAAGUCAAUGUACUUUCACAUGCACAUUCUAAGCCUCCUGCUGCUGCUGGUCCUACCAAUCAAACCUCGAGACCACACCAUGAGGCAGCUUCAGAAUCAAGUCACACACAACUCUGUUAAAAACAAGAAAGAAAAAUGAUACCUCAAAGAAAAACCACUGAUACUGGGAAGUGAAGUGUCAUACCAAAAACAAAAGGGAGAAAAUAAAAAGACAAUGGCAUUGUUAUUGCUUAAUUUAAAAUGCUCUGGAAAGGACAGACUGGAGCUUGGCCGACUGUAUUCCAGAUGACCCAGUAACAAAGAAUUACAGGCUUGAGGAGCAGUGCUUUUGAUUUUGUAAAUACAGGGACUAUUUUUAUGGCGUGUUUUUAUAUAUUUAAUUUUUUCACAUGUACAGAUGUUUUUGAUCUUUUACAGAAAUGUACAUUUGAUAAACAAAAAUUUUCAGAUUAAGAAAAUAAUCAUUAAAACAAACCUAGCAAGAGUCAGAUCAGCAGCUUAGCAGACUGGUGCUCUAGGCUGCUGAGUCGUUGGCUUCCUAUCCUGGCUACUAUGGCCAGAGUUGGCUCCGGGGUGUAGAACCACAGAACUCAGUUGGCUCCUGAGACUGUUGGCAUUUACUCCAACAGGAGGAGGAGGGCCACAGCGCAGGGUGAAAGUGCUUCCCAUGUGGUUCUGAAGAAGAGACCUGCUGCCUGAGUUCAGCAGCUUGGAGACUCCUAAUCGCUCUGAGUGACACCUGCUGGUGUGAGGGCAAAUUAGCCACUUGGAAAUCACUCAAGUAGAUUUCUGUGAACAUCAGCCACUGGAUUGGCCAAACUAAAAUAUAAUAUAUAUAUAUAAAAGGAAAAAUCAGAAUAUCCUACAAUAUGCAGAUUAAAACUUCUCUAGCCGAGGCUACGUCUACACUACAAGUGCUCCAGUGGCACAGCUACAGCACUGCAGCUAACCCUCUGUGCUGUAGUGUAGGUACUUGCUACAGCAACGGAAGAGGUUUUUCCAUUGCUGUGGUGAAAACAGCCCCUUGAGAGGCAGUAGCUAGGUUGACAGAAGAAUGCUGCUGUCAACAUAGUGGUGUCUACACCAGGGCUUAAGUCAUUUUAACUACGUCUCAAGGGUGUGGAUUUUUCAUACCUUUGAGUGACAUAGGUUGAGCUAAGUUUUAGGUGUAGACCAGGCCUGAGACACAGAGAUAAUUGGGAUGUGACUGAUGUUCAGCACUACCCUGCAGCUUUGGAGUGAUAUGUUUUGCCGUGAUACUUUUAUGAUCAAUAUAAUGUAGCAAUAGGGAAACCUUGCAGAUUUAGUGCUUUAAAACUGUCAGUCACUGAUCAAAAGCUGGAGGAAGGGUUGGGAAUAGAUCAGCUUGUUCCUCAUAAUAUUAUGUAUUGGCAAGUAGGAAUUUUGUUCACACAAGGAUAACAAUCCAUUAAAAAUAAAAGUAAAAGAGUACUAUACAAGAGAAGGGUUGUGAUAUGAUCAAGGGACUGAGAAUCAGCAGCUCUGCUUCUGACUCACUGUGUGAUCUUAGGCAAGUCACUCAACCUUUCUAUGUUUCAGUUUCCCCAUCUGUAAAAUGGGGAUAAUAAUAGUUACCUACCUCACAGGAGUGUUGUGAGGUUCUGUUAAUGUUUACACAGCGCUUUGAGAGAACAGGAUGAAAAGUGCUAUGUAAGUUUAAAAACUAAAUAUAGUCAGAGAGGACCUCUUAAAGGAACACAUGAAAACAUGCACCAAAUAAUUCUGUUAUAUAUCUUUAAAUGUUUUCUAAGUUGGUUUUCUCAGAAUCAUUUAGAAAUGAAGCAGUUCCCUUACAUACUGUUGAUUUUCCUCAUCUGUCUGAAGUGUAAGUGAACAAAGAGUCUACCACAUUUAUUUUAUUUUAAUUUUUGUAUCAGAACAAAUUCAAAUUCUGCAGAAUCCUUACUACGGGGAGAAAAAUGUAAGAAACCAAAACUGAAGAAUGUAAACAGUUUCACUUUAUUUUUCUUGACUGACUGAUUUUGCUUUUCUCCCCUCCACCAACCUUCUUUCCUCCUUCCCCAACCCCCCGAAUUCCCAACAGCCUUUUAAUAUAAUGUCUAUUUCAGGGGAAAGUUUAUUUGGUGAUUUCUUUUGGAGAAGAGAUGGGUUACUAAGAUUGGUCUGAAUAAACAAACUGUUUUUUGUCA